CAUUGAGGAGGCGUUGAACAUCACAACACACCGAUUUUUCUGCUCUGUUACGUAAAUGUGAAAUUUAUAUUAUUUGUGUAUAUAUGUGUGUGUGUGUGUGUGUGUGUGUGUGUGUGUGUGUGUGUGUGUGUGUGUGUGUGUGUGUGUGUGUGUGUAAGUGUAAAAAAGUUAGGAAUCCGUUGUGGAAGUCACGAGCGCUGGAUUUCCUGCAGAGGAGGAGGGAAAAAAGAGGAAAAACGGAAAGGCGGAGAGGAAAAGAGGAGUUUAGUUAAAAAACAAGAAAGAUGUCUGAAGGAGAGAAAGAGAGAACUAGCAGAGAGCGGACAGACAGAACACACACCGACACCGGAGAACACAGGUUAAACCUGGCUGCAGUGUAUGUAUCAGAUGCUCAGCACAACAGGAACAUCAUGUUUGACACAACACCACAGGCAGUGAGGCUGUACCUGUUGUAUAAUCACUGGCUGUUGCGUGUGUGUGUGUACGUCUUCAUCAUGGUGGAUUUGGCACUUGCACUGUUUGAGGAACCUGCUCUCAUCCCUCUGCCCCUGUGGGCCACCUCAGUAAUAGAGCUCCUCUGUCUGAUGGUGUUUUCUGCUCGAUUGAUUCAUUAUGCUAAAGUAAUUCCCCGCAGUGUUUUCAUCAGAGAUCCUAAAAACAUUUGCAUCAUCAUCACCAUCAUGUUGUGUGUGGUAGAUCUGAGUGUGUAUGGUGUUCUGAGAUUGUGUGGACGCUCUGCUGUGAGAUGGUCCAGAGUGUUGAGGCCUCUCCUGCUAAUUAACAUCACAGAGGGAAGACAGCUGCGCAGGGCAUUCAGGAGUAUCCGUAACGCACUCCCUCAAAUCCUGGUGGUGUUUUUCCUCUUCAUUUUUAGUGUCUUGAUGUUUUCACUCAUGGCUCUGAAACUGCUCGGCAAACGGAAUCUUAAAACUAUAGAUGGUUCUCCAUAUUUUACAAAUUACCUGGAGAUCUUUUUUGAUCUGUACGUUUUAGUCACAACAGCCAACAGCCCUGACGUCAUGAUGCCGGCGUACAACUACAGUUCAUUCUUCGCCAUCUUCUUUAUCCUCUACAUCAUCAUUAACACAUAUACGUUUAUGUCUGUGUUCCUGGCUGUCGUUUACAACAACUACAAAAAAUAUCUGAAGGAGGAGGUACGGCAGCUGGUGAGGGCCAAAAGGCAGAAGUUGUGUCAUGCUUUUUCUCUGUUGCAAGAAGUAGGCGGGGCUGAGAGGGAGCCAACUGUCAGUCAAACAUGCUGGAAACAGUUAGUUCGUCUUGUCCAACCUGACAUCAGCAAUGCACAACAAGAGCUGCUGUGGAGUGUGUGUGACCCUCAGAACACUGGACGUGUUGGAAAGAUGGUGUUUGUGCAGUUAGCUGAUUUGUUGAAUAUUCAAGUGAUCAUGAUGAAGUCUCACACACACCCACUGAACCGCUGGAUACCUGCUUUUUAUCAGUCCACCUUCAGUAAACUGAUCCACAGCAUGGUUCAGCACAGGGUGUUUGUGUAUGUGUAUGAUGUGAUCAUCCUAAUUAACGCGGUGUUUAUUGGUCUGGAUGAGGAGAACCCGGCGGUGUCCAUGGCAGAGUGGGUGUUCCUCACGCUCUAUAUCCUGGAGAUUUUACUCAAGCUCUACACGUUUGAACCACACACCUUCUUUGCCAAACACCAGUUCUGGAACUGGUUUGACACCAUCAUCAUUGUCUCUGCUCUGCUGGCGACCAUCAUCAACACUGCUUUAAAAUCCUCUGGAGGUUAUACGAGCCGACAGAUUCUCGACAUUGUCUUCAUCCUCAGAGUGCUCAGACUCAUCCGUGUCGUCGACACCAUUCCCAGGUUCCGUGCAAUCAUUAACACUCUGAUUAAGAUCGGUGCUCCCAUGCUGACAUUUGGGCAGCUCAUUCUGGUGGUGUAUUAUAUCUUUGCAAUGGUAGGGAUGGAGCUGUUUAAAGGGAGGGUUCAGUAUUUUGGUGGUGAUUCAGUCGAUCCCUCACGUCAUUUCUGUGGGAACGUCCUGCUGAAUGGCUCGGCCUUUGCCCGCAACAACUACUGCAAAAACAACUUCAACAACGUGGUGUCCUCCUUCAUCCUGCUGCUGGAGCUCACUGUCGUCAACCAGUGGCACGUUCUGGCUGGAGGCUUCACCGCUGUCACUCAUGUUUCAGCACGGAUAUUCUUCAUCCUCUUCCACAUCGUGGUAGUCAUCAUCAUCAUCAAUAUCUUUGUGGCAUUCAUCCUGGAGGCAUUCUUCAUCGAGUACAUGGUGGAGAAAAGCGAACUGCAGACAGCACUGGAGAAGAAGAUUGAGGAACUAAAUGUGUGUGUGGAACAGAAUCAUGUAGAUAAUAACCUGGUGGAUGCCAUGGAAACCCAGGACAAUGAUCUCGGCCCUGGUGAAGGAGUCAAAGUCAAACCCACCAUCAUGUUCAAGAUCAGCUCAACAAGGUACAGGACCAUGGAUGGCCUUCUACAGCGCAUGUUUGAAACAGAGAUGGAUCUCAGCAAUGAUAACAUUGAUGAGGUGGAAACAGAGAACAGGACCUUCUCUAAUCCAGUAUUCACUUCCUCAUAAGAGAUAUAAACUUCCUCUAUGAGCUUAAUUCAAAUGAUACCUGUAAAUGCAUAUUGCAUCAUCUACCUGUGGGUGUGACAUUGGAUUAGACUGAGCAUGUACAGUCCCUGUGAAACACUAUUUACUUUGGUAUAAGAAGGGAUUAAAUGGACAUUUUGUAUUCAUGUAUCAUUUAUAUUACAAUAAAAGAUGAAUAUGUUUAAUAUA